GUGGAACGGAAAUGUGGUUAGCCCAUCAAAUGCACUGGACAUUCAAAUUCCGAGUUGCUCUCAAAUGCGACAUCGCAUUAACGGCUGAGCCCCUCGACGCAGAUCCUUGUGAUUGGCUCUUGAUUUCAACGUUAAAAAGCCACCAGCCAAUCAACGAGGAUUCUCUCGGUCGUACUCACCAAUCAGAGGGCAUAAUUCAAGCAACCAGGAAGCUCGGAGGAGAUCAACUCGAAGGCAAAAACAAAACAUUCUUUUGGGGCCAUUUCAUUUGUGUAUAGAAACGGAAAACGCCGCUGAUUUAGUUAUAUUUUUGGGCAUCAAAUAACUUCCGUGGAGAUUGUCGUAUGUUACUAUGUACCUCGGAGACGGCCUGUUGUUUGAAAUUCAAAAUGGAAAACCCAAGUUGAUUGUGCUUAACCACACUGUCGAAAGGAAUCUUGUCACGAAUUCCCUCAGACCUCGUCCGGCCUGCUCCGGGCAGCUGUUCUGCGCAAAGGAUGUGCGGGCGCAACGUCGGGCGGGGCAGCGCCCGGCGGCUCCGAGAGGCCCCAAGACUCAGGCGGCAGACAAUGGAGCCUCCUUUGGGUCCGGCGGGGCGGGGGACAGAACACGAGGCGGUCAGACGGCCUCCAAAACACGGGUGGCAGUCGUAAGCAAAGCUGCACCCAAGAAGUCCGAGCGGCAGAAAAGCAGGUCCACUUCUGACGAUGGAGCAGCUGUACCGUCCGAAAGAUGGGCUGCCAUGUCUGACCAGAAGUCGGGACCGACGGGAUCGACGGACCCGCCGGAAGACCAAGGACCGAGAGCCGUGACGACACUUCGCAUAUGCCACGGAUUCCAGACCGCGAGCCAGGACCGUCCCGUAACAGAGGAGCACGGCGCGUCCAGUCAACAUGUACAUCACACACUCGAGGAAAAAGAAGGACAAGGAGGCGGAGGAGAGCUGGACGAGGACAGAGCAGGACCGGAUCAAACCGCAACAAAUGGAAAUUCACCUCAGAAAGACGACAGAUGUAGGUCUCAAGGCGGUGUUUUGGGCUGGCUGGAGCGGCGCACCGUUGACGACAAAGCGUCCGUGGAGGCGAAGAAGGCGCAGUGGAGGCAACAACUAGAUGAGCAGGUGGCGCUGAAGCAGCAACAGCGUUGUUCAACCUCAGUCAAACUGCAGGCAGAGCAAGAACCAGGAAGUGAGUGUUCUGUUCAUCCGGCGGGCCGCCGCAAAGAGCAGCCGGCAGCAAUCAGGUCCAGCCUCAGGCUCGGGGCGGUGACUCCGAUGGAGGAGACUUUGGCCUCGCAGAGGCGAGAGGAGCAGAAACGGCUUUGGCUGGAGGAUCUGGACCGACAGAGGCAAGAGACGAGCCAACGGAGGAUGCGCGAGAAGAUGCUGCUCAGUCAGAACGAAGAUCACGAGCUGUGGGCCGCGCACUUUGACUCGCUACAGCGCAAACAUCCUGCUGGGGGGACUCAAGCUCCGCCCACUGCGCCAUCCAGCGACCGGAAGGCGUCACCCGGCUCGUCCCUGACGUGGGAUCCUUUCGGCCGCUGUGAAGUCCAAGUCGGCGUGGACCCCGCCAAGAGCAGCUAUCAUCGGAGCAUGACGGCCCUGCUGGACCCCGUCCAGAUGGAGGAACGCGAGAGGAGGCGGCUCAAGCAGCUGGAGCAGCAGAGAGACAUCCGGGCUCAGGUGGAGGAGCAGAGGCGGCACAAGCUCCGAGAAGAGGCCAGAAGGAGGGCCGAGGACCGAGAGGAGGAGAGGAGAGUCGCGCAGGAGAGGGACGCGCUCCUCGGGAGGUACCGGCAGGAGCAGCGCGAGCAACGCAAGGAACCGGAGGUCAGCGACGACACGGCUGGACACAACCCGACACGCCGAGUCCACAGCGCUGCACGAAUAAAGUCGGUAGUGGGCGCAAAUGAAGUAGCCGAGUGCACAAAAGAGCAGCCGGAGAAGAAUCACGAUGAUGGAGGAGUGAAGGAGUCGGUUGGUGCGUGUGUGUCAAGCCCAGCUGCGACUGCAACGGAGAAGAAAGACACAGCUGUGCAGACUGACGCACCCCCCCCUCCUGUCAGAGCAGAGCCCCCCCAGACUCCUCCGAACUGCAGGAACAGAGCAGGGAAGGAGAACGUGCAGAAGGGUCGCGUGGGCGCAGGAGCCGUCGGAGGAGACUCCUAUGAGGCCUUCGCCAGGACGGAGGAAAAAAGGAGGCCCGAGUGGAACACACGCAGGCCCAGCCGGCGCUUCGUCCCCGCGUCCGAGCGCUACCCGGCGCCGUUGCAGAGGAGCCGACAGGAGAGCAGACUCAAGAGGCAGGAGGAGAUCCUCGGCCUGCAGGACAGAAACUGCCCGCCCGUAAACCGACAGCGGCCGGGUACCCGGCGGGAGACUCGGAUCGUCGCGAGUCGGCCUCGAAGCGACAACGCGGAAUCUACCGGUAACGGCGCAAGUGCGAAUACGGAAAGGGGGCGCUCUCCUCUCAUUCCGCAACCCUCCCUCCAGUUCAUCCCUUACAUCCGCACCGAUGACGUUGUCCACCUGGACCCCGCCGAGACGCCCACUCCUCACACACAUACAGUAGCGCUGAGCUGCGCGCCGCCUCCUGACAUCUCCCCUGCGGAUGUCGUCACCCUGCGCAGCACACAGCGGCAGCAGGAGAUCCUCAGAGGCCUGGCUCAGCUACGACAGGGUUUGCUUGAGAAGCAGAGGGAGCUGGUGAGUGACCUCCGAGGUCACGACGACAAGCGUCCGCCGCCCACCAAAUGUUAGACGGCGACAACGUUCUACGGGAACAUGUUUUUCUUCUCCCACGUGUCAAACAUCUAACAACGCCGUCUUGUCACCACACACAGUGUGUCUACUCACCCACUUUAGUCGCCCAUAACUGACAAUGAUGCAGUUUGUGGCGGUUGCUGGAUCAAAACUUUGCCUUUUUUUUAUUGUGUGUCCUAAAGGAGGUACAUUGUUUCUCUAAAUCAUGAUUUUGUUUUGAUUUUUUUUCAAAUUAAUUUAUUGCUGUUGUAAAUAAAAUCUCAAAGACAAACAUUUAUGUUGUACUUUACGAUGAGUCAAAGCUCUCUGCAGUUUUACUCAUUUUACACACCUUUGCCACUGUUUUUAGUACUUGUUUUACUUCCUUCUUUUCCUUUCGGCUUGUCGCCACGGCGUGUCAUCUUUUUCCAUCUAAGCCUAUCUUGUGCAUCCUCCUCUCUAAUAUCCAACUGUCCUCAUGUCCUCCCUCACAACAUCCAUCAACCUUCUCUUUGGUCUUCCUCUCACUCUUUUGCCUGGCAGCUCCAUCCUCAGCACUCUUCUUCCAAUAUACUCGCUCUCUCGCCUAUGAACAUGUCCAAAACAUCGAAGUCUGCUCUCUCUAACAUUGUCUCCAAAACAUCCAACUUUGGCCGUCCCUCUAAUGAGCUCAUUUCUAAUCCUAUCCAACCAGUUCACUCCAAGCGAGAACCUCAGCAUCUUCAUUUCUGCCACCUCCAGUUCUUCUUCCUGUUGUUUCAUCAGUUCCACCGUCUCUAAUCCGUACAUCAUGGCCGGCCUCACCACUGUUUUAUAAACUUUGCCCUUCAUCCUAGCAGAGACUAACCGUUGUACAGUACUUAUUUGAGGUGUUGAACCGCUGCUGUACUCAGAGCUAGUCCUCAGAUUUCAGUUGUCUGUACUCAUUCUAGGGCCUGUUGUCAAACGACUUGUUUUGUAGCAUAUUUGUUUGGACGCUUUGUCGUUAACAUUUGCUGUACUUGUUGUACUGCAACUCAUCAAACUUUACGUGGCUUUACGGCUUGAUGAGAUGUUUGUGAUAGACGUCAACCAAAUUGCACGUUGCAAAGGUGAAACUGGGUUCAGGGAGUGAAUCGAAGUGAGCGCUUCAAAGCCAAAAAAAUGCUCUUCCUGUGUGUUCUUGGGUGUGGCUUCUUGAGAGUAUUGUUGCUCUACUCAUGACAGACAUGUUUCCCAAAUUUCAUUUUGGGGCGUCAAACAAGCUUCGGGGGUGAAUUUUGACCCCCGAAAACUCCCACUUAGGACUGCAAAAUGGCAGCCUUUUUGUUGUGUUUCCACACGUGGCUUCUUCAGACUUUUUUUGGGUCUUCUCAUGUUUCUCAAAUUUCAUGUAGCCAAGUUACACUAUUGUAAAAAAACAACCAAAAAAAACCUAAUUAAGCUACUAAGUGUCAUC